AUGGCAUAUUACAGCGUUAUUGUCGACUAUACGGAAGAUCAAAGUGAUUUGAAUGUGCCUGUAGAUUUCGAGUUUGAUUGGAGAUUUAGUCAAAUUUAUUAUAAAGAAGCUAUUGUUGGUGAGAUGUCGGAACAAGAUAAGGAUAGUCGACCUGAAGAUGAUUUGAUUUCAUCGGAAUAUUUAGGUUACGGGGUGAUUCGAUUAUUUAAACAAAAAGAUAAUUAUGAGCCUGGUCUAGAGCUUUCACGGAAAAUAGACGAUAAAGAUGUAAUAGUGAUACCAGGGGAUGAUUCUAUGGUUUGUAUGUUGUUUGUUCCAUCUUAUUUUACUUUGCAUGAACUUUUGCAUUUUUAUAUUGGAGAUGAUAUUAUUAAUACUAAAGUAUCUAAUAUUAGAAUGUUGAAACAUUAUAAAAAAAAUGCUAAUAUUUUAGGCUGCAAUUUUAUGGUAUUGCUUAAAUUUAAAGAUCCCAUUUAUGCUAAGGAAUUUUUAAAUGAAUUUAAUGGGAAGAAAUUUAGUAAAAUGGAUCCAGAAACAUGCCAUAUAGUAGCAAUUAAAGAAUUGGUUUUUAAGAAAACCUUAUUUGAUAAAAAUAUGAUGAAAGAUACACAAUUAAAGGACGGAAUAGACGAUAGUAGUACAUUACCUUACUUAUUGAAGGAUCCUUUCACAUCUAAUUUGGCAAUCGAAGAGAAUCGCGAUGAAAUUGAGUUACCUACUUGUCCAGUCUGCUUAGAAAAAAUGGAUAGUUUAGUCACUGGUUUGAUAACUAUUCCAUGCUCUCAUACAUUUCAUUGUCAGUGUUUAGAUAAAUGGAAAAAUUCAAAAUGUCCUGUCUGUAGACAUACUAACUUAAAUAUAUCAAGAAAGCUAUUGAUUGAGCAAGCUACUUCUGAUUGGAAGUGUUCAGUAUGUGACUCUGUUGAAAAUUUAUGGAUGUGUCUCAUUUGCGGAAAUGUUGGAUGUGGUAGAUAUAAUUCAAAGCAUGCUAUCCUACACUUUGAAAUGACGUCACAUUGUUUUGCCAUGGAUAUGAGAACGCAGAGAGUUUGGGAUUAUGCAGGAGAUAAUUAUGUUCAUAGAUUAGUACAGAAUGAAGUUGAUGGAAAAUUGGUAGAAGUUGGUAACAUUGGUUCAACUUUAAACACUCCUAGUGAUAGAAAUAAGAAUGAGAAUUUAGUGACAAAUCUUAUGAGAAACAAGGAAUAUCACUUGGAAUAUGUUCAAGUACUUAUAUCACAAUUAGAGUCACAAAGAGAAUAUUAUGAAUUGAAGUUGAAAGAUGUAUCUAAUAAAAAUAACGAAGAACAACAAUUACAAGACUUAAAAGAUCAAUUGAAAAGUCUAAAGUUGCAGUUGUCACAAAAUGAGCAAGCAACGAAAAAGGAAUUAGAGGCUAAUAAUAUGAUGCUCUCAGGUUUUCAAGCUAAUUUAGACAAAUCAGAAAAGUUCAUUGAUAACUUAAAGCAAGAGAAAAUGAAACUGGAGGAAGAAAAUAAGAAUUUGCAAGAACAACUCCAGGAUUUGAUGUUCUAUUUGGACACACAAAAUAAAUUUAAAGAUGCAACAGAAGAGGAAAGGGAAGGUGCUGUAAUAAUAAAACAAACUGGAAGUACAAGUACAGCUUCCAAGAAGAAGAAAAAUAAGAAGAAGAAAAAUAGAGUAUUAUAA